UUGGACGAUCAGUUGGACGAUCAGUUGGACGAUCAGUUGGACGAUCAGUUGGACGAUCAGUUGGACGAUCAGUUGGUCGAUCAGUUGGACGAUCAGUUGGACGAUCAGUUGGUCGACCAGUUGGACGAUCAGUUGGUCGAUCAGUUGGUCGAUCAGUUGGACGAUCAGUUGGACGAUCAGUUGGUCGAUCAGUUGGUCGAUCAGUUGGUCGAUCAGUUGGACGAUCAGUUGGACGAUCAGUUGGUCGACCAGUUGGACGAUCAGUUGGUCGAUCAGUUGGACGAUCAGUUGGACGACCAGUUGGACGAUCAGUUGGUCGAUCAGUUGGUCGAUCAGUUGGUCGAUCAGUUGGUCGAUCAGUUGGUCGAUCAGUUGGACGAUCAGUUGGUCGAUCAUUUGGACGAUCAGUUGGUCGAUCAGUUGGUCGAUCAGUUGGUCGACCAGUUGGACGAUCAGUUGGUCGAUGAGUUGGACGAUCAGUUGGUCGACCAGUUGGACGAUCAGUUGGUCGACCAGUUGGUCGAUCAGUUGGUCGACCAGUUGGUCGAUCAGUUGGUCGACCAGUUGGACGAUCAGUUGGUCGAUCAGUUGGACGAUCAGUUGGACGAUCAGUUGGUCGACCAGUUGGACGAUCAGUUGGACGAUCAGUUGGUCGAUCAGUUGGACGAUCAGUUGGACGAUCAGUUGGACGAUCAGUUGGUCGAUCAGUUGAUUCAUUUAAUGAAAAUCUCAUAA